CAAUUCACAAACUUCCUGCUCUGGGCUCCUGCAGCCACCCUGAACCAGGCCGCGGGACGGAGGGUUCAGAGGCCACACUUGAGGCCCAGGCAGGGCCCAGGUGGGCCAGAGGGGGAAGAUGGCUGAUGGAGGCAGUGGCUUCAGCACCAGGACAUCCACGGAAGACCAGUACAAUGAUGACAGACUUGUCUAUGAGACUCUAUUCAAACACUUCAAAAGACACAAGGUGGAGAUUUCAAAUGCAAUAAAAAAGCCAUUUCCUUUCUUUGAGUGCCUCCGGGACCGUGAACUCAUCAGCAAUAAAAUGUAUGAUGAUUGUCAAGAUUCUUGUAGAAACCUGGUCCCUGUACCAAGAGUGGCGUAUAAUGUUCUCAAUGAACUGGAGAAGACAUUUGACCUGCCACUUCUGGAAGCAUUGUUCAGUGAGGUCAACAGGCAAGAAUACCCUAAUUUAAAUCACAUUUACAAGAGCUUCGAAUUUGCAAUCCAAGAGAAAAUUAAUUACCAAGAAAGUGACGAAGAAGAGGUGGACAACAGUCCUAAUACCCAGCUGAGCAUUGAACAAGGAACUGGUGAAAACUGUUAUCAAAGCCUGACCUCGUCGUGCCCCCAAUCCUCAUCUUAUCACGGUACAGCCCCAUCCAAAAAUGGGCCCUUGGAGAACCUCUGCGAAGCAGAGCAGAUAAAUGGAAACAGAACAGAUACAACCAGUGACAAAAAUGAUGCACAAGAAGUCCAACAAGCAAAUGAGGAAUAUGCCCAAGAAUCUGAGCCAGCAGAGUCCUGUGAACAAGAACCCAUCCAAGUGAAUAACGGAGACACAAGAGAAGACACACCCAUCCCAUUGCCCUGUGAUGGAAAAAGCUCACCGCUAUCCAACCAUGGAAUCCAAGUCAAUUCCUGUUCUGUGCAUCUGGUGGAUAUAAAGAAGGAAAAACCAUUUUUCAGCUCGACACUUAACCAGGCAUCUGACGUAAUAGUGAUCAGCAGUGACUCGGAAGAAACCAGUGAUGAAGACAAGGCCCCAGAAGACUCCAUGUCAACACUGGAAAGUGGACCUGCAAAAAGAUUUGUUGAGUAUUUGGAAUCCAGUGAGGAUGAGGGACCCCCAAGAGCCUCGUGUUUCGUACUGAGAAGUGAUACUGAUGAGGAGGAUCCUGUGGAUAUUGGAAACAAAUCUCUUUGGGGGAUACCCAAGAGGAAAAGAUGCCUCAAAAAGUUCAAUGGAAUUUUGUUUCUUUCUGCAGGGAUCAGCAGUGCUAACUAUUCAGAAUUAAGUGAUACAGAAGAACCUCAGGAAUCUUCUAGCUCAGUCCUAAGAAGUGGGUCAGGAGCAGAGCCACAAGGACUUGGAAGUGCAAAGUGUUCCUGUGUCAUGUGUUUUUCAGAAGGUAUUUCAAGAGACCAAGGAGAAAGGACUGAGAGUAGCCAAGCAUCUGACAUAAUGGAUACCGUGGAUAUUGGAAACAAUUCUACUUCGGGAAAACACAAUGAGAAAAUAAGAAGAAAGAGAAGACAUAUACAUAAAAAAAGCAAUCUCCAAAAAGUGAGAAGGAGAGGCAGACAUAGAAUCCAAACUCUGAGUAACAGAGCCUUAUGGAACAGAGGCAAACAAAAAGGGAGAAAACCAGUCAUCACCAGGUCUUUGAGAAGAGGCAGAAAAAGAGGUCCAAGAAUUCCCAAAGAUACAAGUAUAAAUUUUUACCUUCUGGAACUUCCUGUGACCUGUGGAGAGGCAAAGGGGACUUUAUAUAAGGAGAAAAUGAUACAAGGAACCUCAGAGAAGUGUAUACAGGGUGUGGAUGGAAGGUGGUUCACCCUCAGGGAAUUUGAAGUUGAAGGAAACUACUCACGAUCCAAGAACUGGAAGACAAGUGUGAGAUGUGGCGGAUUCACCCUGAAAGACCUGAUUAAGAAAAAAUAUCUACCAGAGCCACCAAGAAGAAGAAGAAGAAAACAGACAACACCAGAGCCUAGCAAGGACUUUUUUGACCCUUAUCCGGGAAACUCAAAUAUAUGUGAGGUGUGCCGUCGACCUGGAAAGCUGUUCUGCUGUGAUACUUGUCCAAAGUCCUUUCAUGAGACAUGCCACAUCCACCAUAUAGAUGUUAACCGGGAACCAUGGAGUUGCAUCUUCUGCAUGAUAAAGGCUCUUCAACCAAGUCAACAAUGUCACCAGAUAUCUGAGGUCUUACAGAGGCGGAUGGUGCCUGAGGAACAGUUGAAAUGUGAAUUUGUCCUCUUGAAGGUCUACUGCUGUUCAAAAAGCCCCUUUUUUGCCUCAAGACCACAUUAUAGUAACAAUGCAUCUCAUGGCCCAACAAAACUCAUGUGGUUAAACAAAAUCAAGAAAAAGCUGAAUAAGAAACUGUACCUCCGAGUGAAGGGGUUCGUGCAGGACAUGUGUCUCAUCUUUGAGAACCACAGGGCUUUUUACAAGGACAACCAGAAAUUUAUCAAGCUUGGACUUCAGCUAGAGGCCAUAUUUAUGAAUACUUUUGGGAACAUUUUUGCGAUUCAGGAAAUAAGAGAGCACAAUUUUCAGUUGGAUCCCACUCUUUCCUAAAGUAGCCCACCCCUCACCCCCCAACAGUUUUUUUUAAUGCUCACAUAUCUUUAUUUUUUUUAUUGUGUUACAUCAAUCAUCAUACAGUACAUCAUUAGGUAUUUUAUUUUUUCAGUGUCCCAAGAUUAAUUGUU